GUCCACUGAAAGACGACAAGAAGCUGCUGCUGAUGCCGCUGCAAGACAAGCCGUUCUCAAGGUGUCACAAGAACAAGAAAGAGAACAACGGGAAAUACAGCGACUGAAAGAAGAAGCUCAGAAGAGAAUAGCUGAACAAGAGGCAGCAGCUGUAAAGCGUCAUUUGGAAAGAGAAGCAGAGGAGUUGAAAAUAAGAAUGGAACAAGAAGCAGAAGAGUUGAAAUGGAGAAUGGAACGAGAAGCAGAAAAUCUAAAAAGAAGAAUCCAGAGAGAAGAGGAGGAAGCUAAAAUCAAGGCUCAACUAGAAGCGGAACACACAGCUCUCCAAAGGACGCUGGAUGAGAGGCAAAGAAAGGUACAGCAUUUGGAGACAAUGAAAGGUCUAAAUGCAGCACAAGCGAGAAUACAAGUGUAUGACCAAGUGGAGGUCACAGAAGAAGAGAAGAAAGAUAUCAUACUGAAGAGUGAAUUGAGAACAGUCAAUCAAGUGCCUGAUCCCACAAGCCCUCCAUCCACGUAUGUGUUUUCUGCACCAAGGACUGUGAUCACCUCUCCAAAUGAAAGUACAGCAGAGCUCGUUAAGGUGCUAGCAGAUGCUGUGAGUACCAACAGAAUCCCAAUCCCCGAACCAUCAGUAUUCAGUGGGGAUCCAUUGAUGUACAGUGACUGGAGACUGUCAUUUAAAACGCUGAUCGACCAGAAGAACAUCCAGGAAAAUGAGAAGAUCUACUACCUCCGCAGGUAUGUGGAUGGAGAUGCAAAGAAAGCGAUCAAUGGCUAUUUCCUACUCGGCACAGCGUCUGCCUAUGUUGCGGCGUGGGAGCUCUUGGACGAGAGAUAUGGAAACCCAUUCACAAUCGCACAGUCGUUUAGAGACAAGCUCCACACAUGGCCCAAAAUGGGACCUAAGGAUUGCUUCGAACUCAGAAGGUUUACAGAUUUUCUCCGCAGUUGUGAGGCUGCUAUGACUCACAUAAAGGCUCUGGAAAUCUUGAAUGACUGCAACGAAAACAGGAAGAUUCUCUCCAAGCUACCAGACUGGUUAACGGCCAGGUGGAAUCGGAAGUCUACUGAAAUAGAAGAACAGAACGGCCAGUUCCCCACCUUCAGCCAGUUUGUUGCAUUCCUAAUCAAAGAAGCAAAGAUCGCCUGUCACCCCAUCACCUCUCUGCAGUCACUUAAGCAAGGCGAAGCAGAGAGCCCAAGAGGCAACAGGAACAGGACGAUGGGAGCAAAGGUACUGGCUACAAGCUCAGAUGAAAAGGAGGUCAUGACAUGUGUCUUCUGCAAGAAGCAUGGACACACCUUGCUCAAAUGCAGAAAGUUCAUGAAGGAGGAAGUUCAAGAGCGAACAACCUUUGUUAAAGAAAACAAGCUGUGCUUUGGUUGUCUCAAGCCUGGCCACUACUCAAAGAAAUGUAGCAGUAGAAGUGAGUGUGAUGUGUGCCACAAGCAGCACCCUACCUGCCUGCAUGUGGAUAGAGCCAAAGGUGACAAGAAACCAACACAAGCUAAGGAAAGGCAAAGUCAAAGCCAAGAGGAAGCUGAAUCGUCGCCUCCUGAAGAAACAAGCACAGCUGCUACUGCAUACAGAACGAUCUCUGGUGAGGCUGGCACACAUACCUCUGCAAUACUUCCUGUCUGGCUCUCAUCUACAACCUGCCCAGAAGAAGAAGUCCUUGUGUAUGCGCUACUGGACUCUCAAAGCGACUCAACCUUUAUUCUAAGUGAAGUAGCUGACAAGCUGAAAGCCAACAAAGACCAAAUUAAGCUCAAGCUCACUACGAUGACUGCAACCUCAACAGUAAACUCCCAAAGAGUGAACAAUCUACAAGCCCGUGGCUUCUACUCACGAAAGAAGAUCUCCCUACCACCAGCCUAUACAAGGGAGUUCAUUCCAGCCAACAGAGCUCACAUACCUACAAACGAAAAGGCAAAAGCUUGGUCCCACCUGGAGCACCUUCAGGAAAAGAUCUCACCUCUACUGGAAUGUGAAGUAGGCCUGCUCAUCGGGUACAACUGCUCACAAGCACUUCUACCAAGAGAAGUUGUAUCUGGCAAAACAAACCAGCCCUACGCACAACGCACAGACCUUGGAUGGAGCAUCGUGGGGUGUGGAAGUCCCUGUGUAGACUAUGGAGAUGCCAUCGGAACGAGUCAUUGUAUAGAAGUGAGACAAGUGACACCAGAUGUUGAGUCUUCUAUCAACCUCCGAACGGAAGUACACUAUAUAAACCGAUUCAAGGUGAAAGAAGUGACCACUUCAGAAAUCAUUAAGGUCCUCGAGUCUGACUUCUCAGAAAGAGCCAAGGAAGAUAAUCCCAUCUCACAAGACGAUAUGAAGUUCCUGUCAAAGCUGAAAGAGAACAUCACACAAAAGGAGAACGGUCACUACGAGAUGCCCUUACCAUUCAAAAGGGAGCGACCAGAGCUACCUAACAACAAGAUAAGUACAAAGCCUGAACAGUGGUCCUAUGUUGCUUCUGAGGACAACCCUGCAGAUCAUGCCUCUCGAGGUUUGACUGCAGACCAACUAAAGUUCUCAAACUGGUAUACCGGCCCGAAGUUUCUUUGGCAAAGAGGUCCACUGCAGAGAGAAUGCAAGGUGGGAGAAGUCAACGAAGAUGAUCCCGAACUUCGUAAGGCUCUUGUGUGCAAUACUGAGACAAAGGAAGAGAGAUCUUUAUUAGACCACCUGAAGAAGUUUUCAGACUGGACAAGAGCUGUAAAAGCAGUUGCAAGAUUACAGCGAAUGGCCAAAGAACACAAAGGUCUGAAGCAACGCACCAAUGAAAGUACAAGCAUCGAGGAAAGGACAGAAGCAGAGCUUGCCAUCAUUAAGCUAGCUCAAAAGGAAGCAUUCCCAGCUGAGAUCAAAAGACUCAAGCAAAAGCAGGAAAUUGUAAAGACCAAAGAAAGUAAGCUACAGAAGUUAAGCCCCUUCCUGGAUGAAGAAGGGAUCCUCAGGGUGGGAGGACGUCUAGGUCAAGCUGCACUACACCCACACAUAAAGCAUCCAGCAAUUAUUCCACGGAAAAGCCACAUAUCAUCCUUACUCAUCAAGCACCACCACGAAAAGAUCCAACACCAAGGACGUGGAAUGACAACAAACGCACUCAGAGCUAAUGGAUGGUGGAUCCUGGGAUGCAGCAGUGCUGUCUCAUCACACAUCUACAAAUGUGUGAAGUGCCGAAUAUACAGACGACGCACCGAAGAACAAAGAAUGGGCGACUUACCUCAAGAUCGAAUGGAAGCAGCUCCACCUUUCACGUACACUGGAAUGGAUUGCUUCGGCCCAAUCGGCAUUAAAGAAGGAAGAAAGGAUCUCAAAAGAUAUGGACUCAUACUUACCUGUCUAUGUUCAAGAUCCAUUCACAUAGAAGUAAUCGACGAUAUGACAACCGACGCAUUCAUCAAUGCACUCAGAUCAUUCAUUGCCAUCAGAGGAAACGUUCGCCAACUGAGAUGCGACCAAGGGACUAAUUUCGUUGGUGCAAGGAGAGAGUUUGCAGAACUCAUGAAAGGAAUGAAUGAAGAGAGACUGAAGGCUCUAGGAUGUGAGUUCCUCAUGAAUACUCCUGUGGCAAGUCACAUGGGUGGCAUAUGGGAGAGGCAGAUAAGAACGAUAAGGAGCAUCUUGACUGCAGUUCUGGACCAGUCUGCACAAAGGCUCGACAGCACCUCUCUCCGGACUUACCUGUAUGAAGUCAUGUCCAUCAUCAACAGCCGGCCACUUACCGCUGAACAUCUGAACGACCCAUCUGGACCUGAACCACUAACCCCGAACCACAUUCUGACUAUGAAAUCAACAAUCAUUCUUCCCCCACCUGGACAAUUUGUCAAGCAAGAUCUCUAUCUACAAAAGAGGUGGCGCCGAGUCCAGUAUUUGGCCAAUGAGUUUUGGAACAGAUGGAGGAAAGAAUAUCUUCUCAACCUGCAACAAAGACAGAAGUGGUGUAAAACCAGAAGGAACUCAAAAGUCAAUGACAUCGUCCUUCUCCAUGACGAACAGACACCACGCAACAAAUGGAAACUAGCAAGAGUCACUGAAGUCUACCCAGGGAAAGAUGGUAGGGUCAGAAAGCUGAAGCUGCUAGUUAGCCACACCACAUACAAUAGCAAAGGGAAAGCUACAACGAGUAAGGUGUAUUUAGAGAGACCUAUACACAAAGUUGUUACUUUGAUAGAAGCAGAUUAGAUGCAAUACGUGAGUUUAUUUAGCUUACCUUUGAGAAAUAUCCUUUGAUGAUAUGAUAUGGUACCUGCUAUAACUCUAAGAAAUCCCACAUACUGUUAGUUUGUGUAAUUUGGUGGGAGUGUAAAUGUAUCCAUGAUGAUGCAGACAGUUUAUUGAUAUAUUUCAUUGAUAUUGAUAUAUGUAUAUAAAGUUAUUUACAUUUCAUAUUAAUUAUUGUAAAUAUGAUUGUAUAUUUAUAUUGUUUUACUGAGUGACAAAUGGUUUGAUUUAUUUAUGAUUAUUCUCAUGAUUAUAUUUACAAGCUUGUUCUUGCGCUGUUUUGAGAAGACGUUAUUUCACCAACGUCCGUCUUGGGUUACCAUGGAAACAAACUCCAACGCCCGUCUUUCAUGGAAAUCAACGGAGGUUUUUCACAUUACUCACAAACAUUAUAAGCUGAAGUUUGUUGAGUAAAAACCAAGGACAGCAUCAAGGACAAUCACCUUUUAAUUCACGGAUAAUUCCCUCAUUGUGGCAUGCAGCCAACAAGGUAUUUUAUUAUUUGUAUAUAACGUUACAUUGUUUCAUUCUGUUGUAAGCCAGCUACAAUGUACACUGUGUGGUUUGAUGGUAGCUAAUUAGUUAAUUGUAUCAACUGUAUUGUUCUGUACAGUUUUCACGGUGCUAAUGAAGAUUUGGAGGCUUCAUUAAAUCAGUUCAAGAAA